AUGGAUGACGAUAUAGUGGAAGAGGAUGAGAACUUCUGGGUUCGCGUGACACAUGUUUCGGAGGGUGCGGUGAUUGGGAAGCUGUCCGUAGCCGAAGUGACGAUCAUCGAUGAUGAUGAGAUUGGGGAGUUAGUCUUGGAGAAAGAGGAGUUAGUAGUGGAAGGGGAUGAAGCUCAAGUCACAGUCCUUCGAACCAAAGGAUGCAGCGGUGAAGUGAGGGUACUGUAUAGGACAGAGUCUGGUAACGCGGUGGCUCCUAAUGAUUAUAUCCACACUGAGGGAGAGCUAAUAAUGGACCAUAAUCAGGCUGCUGGAGUUAUAAAGAUUCCUCUUUGCUCCACGUCUACUCGAACGCCCCAUUUCCGGCUCAUAUUAUCAAAACCUUCUGGAGGUGCGAAGUUCUGUUCAAAAACGGAUGGCGGUCAUGAUUCGCUCAUAUGCACUAUUUGGAUCAAACCCAAGUUGGGCAUAAGUCAGGGCCGUGCGACGGUUACAGACCUCCUCAAUGUUCACUGGGGCAAGAUGAGUCUUGGAGCGACAAACUGGCGAGAACAGUUCAAUGAAGCUCUGUGGGUGAACGGUAGCAGGGAAGAACAGUCUGAGGCUGGCGUCGGCGAUUGGGUUAUGCACGUUAUUACCUUCCCUUGGAAGAUAGUCUUCGCCUUUUGCCCUCCACUUGAGUACGCGGACGGUUGGCUGACGUUCUUCAUCAGUCUAUCCAUGAUUGGUGGUGUAACGGCGAUCAUAGCAGAUAUGGCGUCUCUCCUGGGAUGUACGAUGGAUAUUCCUGAUUCUGUUACCGCCAUAACAUUGGUUGCUCUAGGUACUUCUCUUCCUGAUACAUUCGCAUCAAGGUUAGCAGCUAUGCAGGAUCCUUAUGCAGAUGCUUCUAUUGGGAAUGUCACGGGAAGCAACUCUGUCAACGUGUUCCUUGGUCUCGGUUUACCCUGGGUGAUUGGGUCCCUGUAUUGGAGUGCUAAAGGGGCUACACAGGAGUGGAUAGCGAGAGUUGGUAAGUAG